UCCCGCAGCAUCGGCGCCUAAAACGAAUGGAUGACAAAAAAAUUCCUCAGCUGCAAACUGCAAACCAGUCGCCGCCAGAAAUUGCACCCACCGCCGGAGGCGCGGCUGCAGGCAGACGGCGGAAAAGGCGACCGGAGGAAAGGAGGAGCCGGGCUGCCGAGUUCCGCGGGGAAGAGAGCGCACGUGACAGGACACAGGACUCAAAACCGAGACGGCUUCGCAGUCGUUCGCCGUCCAGUGGCAGGCGGUGGAGGCGCUGCUGCGUGCAGCGGAGGAGGAACUGGGCGUUUUCUUUCCCUGAGACGGAGGUGGGAAAGUGCAGGAGAAGCAAGGAUUCCAUCAAUGAAAAGCAGCAGAGCUGCAGUCUUGAAACAACAAGUCUUAUAUCAAUACUUGAAACAGGACAGUGCAGGAAGGAGGUUUAUGGAUAAUUAAAUAAAUGUUUUUUCACUGUUGUCUUCACAAAGGACUUUGUUUUAAUCUUGGGUUUUUCAGUAAGCAAUUGUUAAAGCAAAGGAUUUAUCUGUUUUUAAAAUGCAAAAGAUCAUACUGCACAUUGAACCCUUAUAAUAGUAAUGUCUAAUUGCAACUGUUUGUGAUGUUCCUUGGAGUUCUUGAAAGUGUUAUGUCAAUUUUGUAAUUGAGGCUGCAAAUUAUAUCAGUAGGAGGAAAUCUUUAUUUCUUGAAGUAUUUCAAUAAAUUGAUAUUCCCA